AUGCCUGUUUCCAAGGUUGACAUGUUCACUGAGAUAUAUCUAAAUCAUGCAAAUGAAACUAUCAAACGCAUGGUUGUGAAGAACGAGGUCCAUAGGAUCUCGAGAAAGAAAAUUGAGCUCCAGAUCUUAGAGGGAAUCGACAAUUCGGAAAUCCCUACUACUUUCCGGAUCAUCUUCUACUCGAUGGUCUUGCAUAGCAACACAUUCGACAUCUACUGGUUUGGCCAGCAGUUGCUCCAUAACCUGCCAGACUCAUCAACCACUCGGCUGAAGCCCAAGAUGUCCCUCCUCCAUGAUCUCGAAGGCAUUACUACCAUUGAUUCCCUUACACCCAUGUCCAGCGAGGAGUCAGAAGCCUCAGACGCCGAAGAAAGCGAAGAAGACCUUCCAAAUGGUAAUCUUGGUUGUGCUACAUCUGAUCCGACCACGGCCCCAUCUUCUUCGUCCAUUAACCAGGAGUAUGUUAUCAUUGAGCCGACUGAUGUCGGGAGUCCUCAUCAUGAGGAGUCUUCCUCCUUCCAUCCCUCUAGCCCACCUUCAUGCUCAACUUAUCCCACCCCCAAUACAACUCCUGUUCAGAAAAAGAGCCUCAUCGUCGAUCACAUGGAUGAAGCAGAAGACGAAGAUGACUACGACUAUUCAGCACAAGCAACAGAUUUGGUGGUGAAUGAUCUACUAGAUUAUGAGGACUAUUUUGAGCCCUCUUCCUCUGACGAUUCAGUGGUCACAGCAUUUGGUGUACAAAUCAGCGGCCCAAGACAAGUCCGUACACCAGCCAUCUCUACUGUCUCAAAGCCCAGUAUUUUAAAGUCAAAAGGCUCUGCGAACAGCAAGGGAGGUAGUGGUCCUAAGAAACAGGCACUGGCCCGCCCCAUUAGAACGCCCAAAGCCAAGACAGGUGAAAAGAAAGGGGCAAGCAGCAAAUCAGGCGCCGGAAUCAGCAAGGCAAAAAAGAGCAAAGGAGUUGGCCCAAAGAAGAAGGGAAGCAAAAAGGCAAAAGAAAAUGAUCUAGCCUGA